AUGAAGGCUCUAAGACUUCUCUUCAUGAUGACUUAUCUAGGUUCAUUCUUCCUUGCAAGCCCAGAAGCAGACUCGUGUACCAGCAAUCUAAGCCUCAAUGUUUCUAUCCCCUUUGAUACAACCAACCUGCACUGCCUUUCUGUAUGGGAUGCUCAAAGUUUCAUCCUCAGAUAUGCUCAGACUUCUGUCAACAUUUGGAGCUUCAUUCUCUCAACCCCAGACGCAAAUUCUUACAUAGCUAUGGGAUUCUCUGUCACUGGCGGCAUGGUUGGUUCGAGUGCCAUGGUGGGGUGGGUGGCAUCAAGAGGAGCCAGUGGAGGGAUCAAGCAGUAUUAUCUUGGUGGGGUCACUCCAAAUCAGGUGGUUCCUGAUAAGGGCAACCUACAGGUUAUAGCUAAUUCAACCUUCAUCACUUUGCAGUCCUCUCGUCUGUUCAUGGUGUUUCAGUUACAAACCACUGAACCUUUGUCCUCUCUGAUAUUUGCCACUGGAUCCACCGGUUUAUUCCCUGGACCACCGAGCUUUGUACUAACAAAACACCUAGACAAGGUUUCCACAAGAAUAGACUACUCAAAAGCCAACAUUGGAAGUUCACAAGGGGAUGGAAAUUCUUCACAAGUGGAUGGAAGCACUUCGCAAGCAGCUGACUCCUGCGUCUCCAAGCUAAACCUCAGUGUUCCUCUCCUCUUCGACACAACCAAUCUCAAUUGUCUUCCUGUUUGGAAUGCUCAAGGAUACAUCCUUAGAUAUUCUCAGACUUCUCCAAACAUAUGGAGCUUCGUUCUCUCAGCACCGAACCCAAAUUCUUACAUAGCAUUUGGAUUCUCUCCCAAUGGAGGUAUGGUGGGUUCAAGUGCCAUUGUGGGGUGGAUCUCAUCCAGUGGGUUAGGUGGAGGCAUGAAACAGUAUUAUCUAACAGGACUCGCACCAAACCAAGUGGUGCCAGAUAGAGGCAACUUGAAAGUUCUCACCAACUCAACCUUCAUUACAUCACAGUCCUCACGUUUGUACAUGGCCUUCCAGUUAGAAACCAACCAACCUCUGUCCCAGUUGAUUUAUGCCUUUGGACCAAACGGUGUGUUCCCUUCAACACCAAGUUUUGCAUUAACACACCACCAAGACAAAGUCUCCAUUACGUUGAAUUACGCAACAGGUUCAAGUGCAUUGGGAAACUCAUACAUGAACCUGAAAAGAAGCCAUGGAGUGUUGAAUAUCUUGGGAUGGGGCAUCCUAAUCAUAAUGGGAGCAAUAGUUGCUCGUUACUUCAGGGAAUGGGAUCCAUUUUGGUUUUAUUUCCACGCAUCAGUUCAAUCAUUGGGUUUUGUUCUGGGAGUAAUUGGUGUAAUUAGUGGUCUUGUCUUGAAUAAUCAACUCCAUGUUGACGUUAGUCUUCACAAGGCUCUUGGAAUCAUCAUUUUCGUUCUAGCCUGCCUCCAGAUAAUGGCUUUGCUUGGUCGACCAAAGAAGGAAUCAAAAGUGAGAAAGUAUUGGAAUUUAUACCAUCAUAACACGGGGAGAAUUUUGAUCAUACUAGCCGUGGCUAACAUUUUCUACGGAAUCCGAUUAGGGAAGGAGGGAAGUGGAUGGAAUAUAGGUUAUGGGAUUGUUCUGGCCAUAUUACUCACCAUGGCAAUUACUUUUGAGACUCAACUGUGCAGUAGAGACUAA